AUGGCCACACCCGACUAUGCCCUCGGGGCUCCAACCUCAUACAAGCCCAAUGAUACUGUCAACGAGCAGCAACCUUUGAAAUCGAGCCCGAUAUCACACCUAUCCGAGGUACAGGUCGGCCAACCUCGACCAUGGAGGCCUCUUGCCGUACCUACACUGCUUUUGGUCGUCACCUACUGUGUUUUGGCGGGUGUAUACGCCUUUUUGGCUUUCCUGUGGUACUCGGGCCCAGAGCAGAGGACCUGGCACAGCAUCGUGCUCUCAGGUUGGGCGGCGAGGAGCGUCGCAUUGUGUUCGGUGUGCAUUCGCUGGGCUGUCUCGAUACAGGCCAUCCUCUGCACCUCGAUCCUCGCCUCGAGCUUUCUGGCGAAAGGAGCUCCCCUUUCGAGCAUCCUCCAGCUCUCCACCAUGCGGUAUCUCAACUCGGGUCCAUGGGAUAUUGCGAUACUCGUAGCUCAGAAAUGGCGCCACCUGGAAAUCCCUCUCGUCCUCGUCGCUCUUACCUCCCUGCUUGGAUGCACCACUCUGCUAUCCCAGUUCAGCUCUACACUGCUGCUCUCGGAUCUGUCUGCGGCCUCAAUCCCGACAUCCUUCAAUAUAACCGCCAGCUCACUGGGCUUGAUCAACGACACAUACGGCCUGGUCUGGCUGAACGAGAUACCGAGGUACAACGAUGCAUUCCUUAGUGGACAGCCGUCGUAUCCCAUCUUCGCAGAGUCUUCUCGCCCUGAAGAGGCAGUGAAAGAGCCCGAAAUUGAUGACACGGGCCCAGUCAUUCGGUCAUUUCUCCCCAUAACGGCCGACCAAGGUCGUGCUGAUCUCUUGGGAUUUCGGGGGAAUGCCACGAUAUAUGACGCCCGCGUCGUCUGCAUCCGACCAGAGUUCCAGGAUCUGAGCUUGCUAGGGAGCAGCCGGGAAGGCAACAAUCUCAGCUUUGUGGGAACAGUCCGUCCCGUCAAGUCGCUCGGGCCAAUGCUCAUCCUACCCCCAGAUGGCAACCUGACUGCAUUCAACUGUUCAGUGCCCGAGGUGUCCCCGACGGCCGUCAGAGCAGGAUCGGAUCAAUGGUCCACGAGUGUUUGUCAGAUCGACUCCCAUGCUGGUGGUCUCCUAAGUGCCGUCGACCCGGCAUACAAUACAUCGCUGCAGUACUACGUGAUUGCUUCCGGCAGCCCAUACGACGGAAAAUGGUGGGCCCGCGAAUUUGAAAACAUGACCUUUGUGACAUGGAUCCCACUUGGACAUGCUUAUCUCGUCUUGAAUUUCACCAAUACAGCGUUCGACGUUGGUACAACUACAUUCUCGACGAUUUUCUGGAAUGCAACAACGGAUUGGCAGUUCGACCCUCGCAACCAGUGGGUUCGAAUUACGUCCGCUCAGCCCGACGGGACGCUACAAUACGACUCCAGCGGUGAUCUCGUCCCCGUACCUGCCUCGCACCAGGCACGGUCCAUCGACGCCAGUAUCUGCUACGACGGCUUCUUUGACACCAAAAACAUGGUGAUCGAGGCAAAUCGCACCAGGUCGACUCCCGAGCCGGCGGGGCUCAGUGGAGGACUGCGACAAAUCGGCGCUUCUUCCCUGGAACGUGAAUCCCUGGAGGACCGAGGCGUUUUGCGACUCUCGGAAAGCGAGCUCAAGCGCCAGUUCGACAUGGACCGCGACGCCGUGUAUCAGAACAACAGCUACUACGACCAAGAUUCAUUGGCCACGGUGAACCCCUUUUCGCUCACGCUCAACUUCUACCGCGUGUGGUCCUCGACAUACUACGGCGGGACGAGCGCCCCGAACAUCUCCCGAGUCCUUUUCUACCAGGAUCCGUCGCUCGCGGGCAGCAUGCGCAGCGUGAGCGAAGAGCGCGUCGACCUCUUCCAGCAAGUCCUGAAAACCACCAAGUCACCCGCCCUGGCGCUCCAGGCGCUCCUGCACACGGUGACGGCGGACGGCUUCUACCACUUUCUGCCGUACUGGGACGUCCCGUCCAACUACUCGGCGAGCUUUUCCGUGGCGGCCCUGCAGCCGACGCGGUCGCUCGGCUUCUUCAUCGUGCUCGGGUGCCUGGUCGUCCACGUCGCCCUCGUCGGCUUCAUCGCCCUCUCCCUGUCCGGCGUCCUCAGCUUCCGCGCCCAGUCGGCCUACGCCUCCAUCAACAACGUCUGGCAGGCGCACGCCCAGGUCCUGAGCCCGCAGGUCGAGGAGAUCCUGCGCGACCCCGCCACGACAAAGACGUCCGAUCGCGAGAUCAACAAGUCCUUCAAGCGCCAGAUGUUCCACGACGAGGCGUGGGUCUUGUCACUCAACGAAGAGGACGAGCAGGGUGCGGUGCGCCUGAGACGGAAACGUACAUGA